GACAGAGGCUACAUCCUAGAUGAGAGCAGCUGCAAGGGAAGAGAGCAAAUUGAGGGAAAGUAGGAAAAGUAAGAAGCACUAUGAGAUAGAAAUAUUACAAGGAGAAAGAGAGAAGUAAAAUCCCUGAGUGCCUCGGUGGACCCUGUACACAGACAUGAAUAAUCGCUCUAUCGCCUGGUGGCUAAGACAGGUCGGCCUGCCCCAGUACACCAAGACACUAGAAAGCGAAUAUUAUGGUCUUGAGGGCCUGCUGAAUGUAACUGAUGGAGAACUGAAGGAUGCAGGGAUAGAGGAUGCAGCGCACCGAGAGACCAUCCUGAACCAGCUUUCACAACACAGAGAGAGACUGGACCCACACUAUGCUGUGCAGGUGCUGGAGCGCAGGGUGAGCCGAAAGUACUCCCUGGGAUCGUCUAUUGACCUGGUGAAGCCUCGGAAGGAUCUGUUUCGUCAGAGUUUUCUGCCCCGCCUGCACCGCGCAGACAAAAAGCACCGCCUGUCUGCCUCCUGUUCACAGUUACGCCCCCUGAAUGAGGACAACGCUCACAUCAGUGCGACAGACCGCUGUCAGGACAGCAAACGCAACAGGAGGAGCGUCAGUGCAUACUUCAGCCAGCUGAAGGUGUUUGGUGGUCGGAGAGAGAUGGACUCAUUGAAGAAGGAGCUGGAGGAGGAGCUGAAGCUCAGCACCGAAGACCCAAGGAGCCAUGCAUGGUACCAUGGACCACUGACUCGAGAGGCUGCAGAGUCUCUGUUUGAGAGGGAUGGAGACUUCCUGGUCCGAGACUCAAGCUCAGCCCCUGGCGACUACGUUUUGAGCUGCUUUUGGAAGAAUGGGCCCAUGCACUUUAAAAUCAUACGAGUGGUCCUUCGUCCCAAAAAGGGCUACUCUCGGGAGCUGUUCCAGUUUGAGGAGGAUCGCUUUGACAAUGUUCCCGCUCUGAUCCGGUUCUAUGUGGGCGACCGUCGGCCCAUCUCCCAGGCCUCAGGUGCUGUGAUCUUUCACCCAAUCACACGGACCCUUCCUCUGCGUGUCAUCGUGGAGCAGAAUGUGCAGCCCAAAAGCAGCAGCGGCGGCGACAGCAGCAGAGGUGCAGGGGAAGAAAAGCACACUGAUCCCGACAAAAGACGCAGCUUCAGCUCUGCGUACACCGACACACUGCAGGCCAUCAAUCCACUACUGAGGAGUGGAAGUCAGCCUGCUAACUUGGAGAAUGUGGGACGCAGGCCUUCACUUCAGUCUGCACAGUCUGACAGCAACUUACGAACUGCUGUUCCACAGACAACUCAGUCGGAGGACACCAGCCCCGCCCCCAUCUCCCCAGUGUUUCGCACAGGCAGCGAACCCCUGCUGAGCCCACGACCACGACACACACGCCCCUCCCAUCCAGGUGGUGGUGUAACUCUGCGAGGUUCAGAUGGACAGCUGCACCCCAGAGCUCCUCCUAAGCCUCUCAGGGUCUCCACAGUUUUCCCCAACGCUAUACCUCCUCCCCCCACAGACUCGGACAGAGACCCCUCCUCUUGCUACACCGAGCUGGUCAUCCAAGUGCCACAGUCCCAACGGAAGGGCCACGUGGACCGACUACGUGCAGAGGAGAAGUGGCAGAGUCGUGCCCGUCUCACAGAAACUUCCUUUGGCUUCCUGGAGGCCCAGAAGAGCGAGGCAUCAUCGCAGCUGCUGCUUGAGGAAGAGCUGCAGAGGAAGGCAGCAGAGGAAGAGGACGACUGGCAUUUUGAACGGCCACAUACAGAGUCGGGGUCGUGUUUCCAGUUGGAUCGGUUUGAGUCGCUGCUUUUACCGGAGAACAAUCGACCUCUGGAGCCCAGCGUCCUGCUGGCACUCAAAGAGAUUUUCAACCGCUCCAAUGCCAACUCCACCGCUUUGCACAUGCUCAGUGUUGACUGCCAGGUAGCACGCAUCGUUGGAGUGACGGAUGAGCAGAAGAGGAUUAUGGGAGUUGGAUCGGGGCUGGAGCUUGUCACUCUGCCACAUGGACACCAGUUACGACAGGAUUUGUUAGAAAGGCAUCAUCUGAUAGCACUGGGAGUGGCAGUGGACAUCCUGGGCUGCACGGGGACUGUGAGCCAAAGGGCAACAGUUUUACAUAAAGUAAUCUCAUUGGCUCAGGCCCUGAAAGAACACGCCCACAACCUCUACUCCUUCUCAGCUGUGAUGAAGGCUCUGGAGAUGCCUCAGAUACUGCGACUGCAGAUGACGUGGCGAGCGCUGAGGAGGAACCACACAGAGAGCGCGGUUUUAUUUGAGAAGAAACUCAAGCCCUUCGUGAAUUCACUGAACGAUGGAGACGAUUCUGUAGUUGAGGGCCCCAUAGCCUUGCCACACCUUGUUCCUCUGCUGAUGCUGAUGGAGGGCGAGGACCCGGUCGAGAACAGCGACCGAGGCUGCCAGCUUCUCUACGAUGUUCUCCAAUCAGCUCGCAGCGCUGCUCUAAACGCCCAGGAUUAUCAGAAGCAUGCAAACACUCUGCUCACAGGAGGCUGGGAGCCAGUCCCUGAGCUGCUGGAGGCUUUCCGGACAGAGUUCGCCCUGCGGCUGCUCUGGGGUCAGUCGGGUGCAGAGGCCGAGAGAACGGAGCGCUACGAGAAGUUUGACAAAAUUCUUUGUGUUCUCUCCAAUAAACUGGAACCUGUGGAGAUCACACCACUACAACCUGACCCUUUAACCUGAGCCUCGGGGUCUGUUCCACCAAGGGAAAGGUGAAGUCAGCAGAGAUGAAAGAAAGAUGUUGUUAGCUGAGCUGUGGUGUGUCGAGGUAGCAGAGGCAAAGAGCUGACCCCUGAUAUCACACAGACAUGGAGGGAGAAGUUGUAUCUUCCUUUACUUGCCGAGAUGUGACUGGUGAGCUUGUCAAGUGACAACUUUAAAUCAACUUCUAAAAAAUUGAAUUAUAUCUGUAACGUGUAGACAGACCUUUAUUGUGAAAAGGGCUGUGUUUGAUUCAUCUUCCUGUUACAGGAAAUCUGAAAUGUUUACCCAAACACUUGCAUCUGUUUACUUUUACAAAUAACUGGAGGCUCCAGCAUGAACAUUAUUACAAACAUUAUUAAAACCGAGUUAGUUCCCUUUGCACAUGAACUGCUGCUGUGAGGGACCACACUGGAAAUAUUUCUUUUUCACCUCUGUUUA